AGCUAGUUUCAAACUACAAACAAAGAGAUGGACUCUUCUUCCCUUAUUUGGUCAAGCCUUCUCUUACUACUAUCUCUAGUUUUAUGCCUAAAUAAGAAAAAAUGGAGGAUUGACAGUGGCAAGAAGAACCGACCUCCAGGGCCACCGGGAUGGCCAGUCGUCGGUAACAUUUUUGAUCUUGGAACUAUGGCGCACCGGAUUUUAUAUGAGCUUAAAUUCAAGUAUGGACCAGUGCUGCGGCUAAGAAUAGGAUUGGUGGACACUGUGGUAAUACAAUCAGCAAAGGCUGUAAUGGAGCUGUUCAAGAACCAUGACGCCAGCUUCUGUGACCGAACGGUUCCCUGUGUGCUUACCUCUCAUAACUACAAAGAAGGAUCAAUUGCGGUAGGUCGGUUUGGGCCAUAUUGGCGAACGAUAAGGCGUAUAUGCGCUAUUGAACUCCUGGCCAACAGGCGAAUCAAUGAGACAGUCCAGAUUCGACGGAAAUGCAUCGAUGUAAUGAUACGGAGCAUCGAAGAUGAUAUGGCAGCUGGAAAAGCAAGUGGAGAAUCAGGGAAAGUGCAUAUUCCUCACUAUCUCUUCGUAAUGACAUUCAAUUUGAUUGGUAAUCUUAUGCUAUCAAAAGACCUUUUCGAUUCAAAGUGCAAAGAAGGGUAUGAGUUCUUUGAGGCCAUGGACAAGGUCAUGGUUUGGGCUGGAACACCAAACCUUGCAGACUUUCUACCAUUCUUGCAAUGGUUGGAUCCUGCAGACUUUCCUAACCAUUCUUGCAACUCGGUUGGUAUCCUCAAGGAACUCAAAAGGAAACAUUGUCAAGAGUACAGUGGGGACGUGCAAAAGACAUUGUGGGCUGGGUUUGUUAAAAGAAAGAAUUGA